CGCCGCGCUCCGCGCAUCGCCGCCUCCCCCGUCCCCACGCCAGGCGGACACGGGGGCACCGCCGCGGCCGUCCGGUGGCCCCCCGCUCCCGAGGCCAGCGGAGCCGAGCGGAGCCGAGCCGAGCCGAGCCGAGCCGGGAGCCGGCGGGUGCCCGUGGGUGCGGCGCGGAAGGUGGGCGAGCGGCGCGGGGAAUGGAGGACCCCAAAAGCAGCCUGGGGGCCGUGUGACAGCCGGCAGCGCUCGCACACACGCAGACGCUCGAAGCGGCCGGGAGCCGGACCCGGUGCAGAGCCGGGCAGCAGCGCCCUGCCCCGUCCCGCGGGGAGCCAGCAUGGAGUAAGAGCAGCGUGCCGCCACCAGGAGAAGUCCAAAAGAGAAACAGAGAUGGCCAAAUUGACAGAGUCAAUGACUAACGUACUGGAAGAAGACUCAAUGGAGCAGGACAUAGAGAGCCCUGUCACUAUUCAUCAGCCAAAGUUACCCAAACAAGCUAGAGAGGAUCUGCCAAAAAAUCUAAACAAAGAAUGUGCCAAGAGAAAAAUCCAGAGGUAUGUUAGGAAAGAUGGGAAAUGCAACGUCCACCAUGGGAAUGUCAGAGAGACUUACCGUUACUUGACUGACAUCUUCACUACUUUAGUCGAUCUGAAGUGGAGGUUCAACCUGUUGAUUUUUGUCAUGGUUUACACAGUGACCUGGCUCUUCUUUGGAAUGAUCUGGUGGCUAAUCGCCUACGUGCGAGGAGAUAUGGAUCAUAUAGGGGACAGCACGUGGACCCCAUGUGUCAGCAACCUCAAUGGGUUUGUCUCAGCCUUUUUAUUCUCAAUCGAGACAGAAACCACCAUUGGGUAUGGUUACCGGGUCAUCACGGACAAGUGUCCCGAGGGAAUUAUUCUGCUUUUAGUUCAGUCUGUUUUAGGUUCUAUCGUCAACGCUUUCAUGGUUGGCUGCAUGUUUGUGAAAAUAUCCCAACCCAAGAAGAGGGCAGAAACCUUGGUUUUUUCUACAAAUGCAGUUAUUUCCAUGCGGGAUGGAAAGCUGUGUCUGAUGUUCCGAGUAGGAGACCUUAGGAAUUCACACAUUGUAGAGGCAUCAAUACGAGCCAAGUUGAUCAAAUCCAAACAGACAAAGGAGGGGGAAUUUAUACCACUCAACCAGACAGAUAUCAACGUAGGUUAUUACACAGGGGAUGAUCGUCUCUUUUUGGUUUCACCACUGAUCAUCAGCCAUGAAAUUAACCAGCAGAGUCCUUUCUGGGAGAUUUCCAAAGCCCAGUUGCCCAAAGAGGAGCUAGAAAUUGUUGUAAUCCUAGAAGGAAUGGUGGAGGCAACAGGAAUGACGUGCCAAGCUCGAAGCUCAUACAUUACGAGUGAGAUCCUGUGGGGUUAUCGUUUCACCCCUGUCCUCACUCUGGAGGAUGGAUUUUAUGAAGUUGACUACAAUAGUUUUCAUGAAACAUAUGAGACCAACACACCAGUUUACAGUGCCAAAGAGCUGGCAGAGAUGGCCAGCCGAGCAGAACUGCCCCUGACUUGGUCUGUUUCCAGCAAGCUGGACCAGCAUGCUGAGCUGGAAACUGAAGAGGAAGAGAAGAAUCAAGAAGACCAAAAUGAAAGAAAUGGUGAUGUGGCAAACCUAGAGAACGAGUCCAAACUGUAGAACCACCAGAGGUGUAAGAACCACACGACUUUCUUUAUCUUCUCCCUUUUUGUUCCCCUUUUCUUUCUCCCACACGCUUUUAUUUCCUUCCCUGUCAUUCUUAAUUCUGGGAAAAUAAAUAUUUGAGAUGUGAAAUAUCUACCUGCCCAAUUCAAACUCAAGAGAUUCACAGACUAAGCAAAGGUGUAGGUUAAAGCUGCAAUACCCAUUACUUCCAGUGGAAUCUCCAUCCCCACCCUGCUAACGACUGAUGGUUUCCUCUGCACCUCUCUGAGUUCAGACCUCCAGGUUUACUAAAACUGACAAAAAAAGCCACCGGAAUAUAAUCAAGGUAUAUAAAAAGGAAAGGCUAAUUGACGUUCAUCAAAGCAAUGGGCCUUGACUCCAGUUUUUUUAUAUAUAUUUCAGGACAGUUUUGUAAACUUGUCAGCAAGCCUUUAUGAAAUGGGCCUUGCAGCUUUAAGAGGAAGGUGAGCAGAGGGCUCUGCAACCCAACACGAUACUGUACAUAUGCCUUAUGUAAUUACUUUCUCUUUACAUUUAGUAAUAAACAACGCAUGUACAAAAGUAUUGUAGUAAAGAUCUUCUAAAUAAUGUACAUAGUUGUGUAAUUAAUGUAGGUUUAGAAAACGAGUUCUAGAAAUACCGGGAUGCAAAAACAAACUACCCAUGAAACAAGCACUUCUCUUCUAACAUUUGGAGUGUCAUACUGAUUUCUCCCCUUAUAUCUAUGGCUCUUUUAGUGCAUGACAUCUUCUUCAGCAUACCAGACUGGCAGCUAUUUAGAGUACCUCACUGUUUCCCAAACAGGUCAUUUUUCUGACUCUAAAAAGCCAUAAGUCUGGGAGAGGGCAGGGUAGAAAAAUUGUAACAUAAUUACUGAUAUACUGUGAAAAUGUUUACAAAUAAGGCAAACCAUUCCUGGGUAUUUUCUUGGCAGUUCAAUCUAAAUUUAGACUGUGGCGAACAAGAAUUUCCUGCGUACUCCUAGUCUAGCAAGCAUGUUCCAUGCAGAGGUAUUAGCCUUUAUGUGCAAUAUCCAGGGAAACGUCUCCCUUCAUCCAACCCAAACCAUGGGAUUUAAAUGGAGCAGCACAGGCCAUUGAAAACCGAGCGUGGUCCUGUAGUGAGCAGAUCAUAACCACCCAGCUGGGAAGGAAACAGCUGAAUUUCAGCUGAAGCCAUAACGGAAGAAAUUCUCUUUCCAACAGCAUUGGUGCUUCAUCGGUCCCCAAAAGAAGUCACAAAACACGUGCCAUCCCUGGGUAACAGGCUUCAACAGGGCUUCUCAGCAAAACACAUAGAUCCUGCCACCCAUGUUCAGGAGCAGGGGUCCCUAGAUUAGCUCCUUGGCUGCUGUAAACCACUGUAAACCCUGUACAUCCUGACUUAACAACUUUAACAUUACCAGCUGCAUAGCUCACACCACAACACAUUCACCAGGAGGGGAGCUGAUCCGCAUGGCCCUCAGUUCACAGCCUCGCUAUGUGAUGGAUGCUGCUCCCAUGGCACGGCAGUGCCUAGCACCAAGGAUUCAGCUAGGCCCAGCGUGUGUAAAAUGCUGCUUCUUCAGCACAGGUUGUGAUGCUUUUGGUGGGCUUCUGCUCAGGCCCAUCCACAACAACAUUUCUGUCAGUGAAGGAAAGGAAGCUGCAGCCUUAAUUUGUUUGUUUUGGGUUUGUUUGUUGUUGUUUUCUUAAUACCUGCCCACUGCAGAAAGGAGGAAUACAUUGAAGGGAGACUGAAGCAUUUUUGUACAGAAACAUUUACAUUAAAAUGGGAAAAAAAAAAAAAAAAAAAAACCCUCAGGAGAAUCUCAGUGGGCAGGUAGAAAUUUUGCACUGUGAUAUAGCUUUCACUCCAAGUCCAUACAUAUUCUCUAUUUUUUUGCUGAAACAACUGCCCCUUGCCAAUUGUCACCUAGUGUGGCUAAUCCACGGGGUUUUGCAGGUCCUCCAGCUGUGCUUAAUACCAAGGCACAAAGAGCAGGGUGUGGAAGAAAGGUUUGGCACCAGGGAUGGGCAGGUCAGGCUGGAUGGGAAGAAUCUUUUGUUUCAGCUCUGAGCAUCUUUCCUGAAAGGCUUUCACAGAGCAGCGUGAUGUAAGUAAUGGUUCUGAAUAUGGAUUUUUUUUUUUCCCUCCAGUUGGGAUGGCUGAUUUUGUCAACCGGGUAAAGGUUAUUUACGCUAAAGUUUCAUGAGAUACAGCUCCUUUUGCUACAGACCUUUUAAAGCUUGGUCUUCUUCCCCAGUACCAGAACCAGCCCAGCACUCCCAUUGACCCACCGCAGCCCAUCUGUAAGGCCACCCAUGAGGGGCACCCAGCACUUUAAAGGUAGGGUCACUCCAAAGCUCUGCUGGAAAACAUAAGCCUUACAGCAGAAGACCCAGGGGUAGCAUGUCGGUGGGGAAGAGCCUGUGUGUGUCAGUCUGCAGUCCUAGCAAAUGUGCAUGAGCUGAAGGCAAACCAUUCCUCUGAGGAUAAACCUGCUUUUUGCUCUUGGAAUUUACUGGGCCACUCUAUAAUUCAUUGCUACAGUUUAGGAAAAGUUUAUGUUGAUUAGAACAGCAGCUCAGGGCCCUAACAAAACCUUUUUUUGUGUCCUCAACCACAAAAAAAUAGACUUUACACCACUGGGGCAUGCGCAUGUGUAAGCUAUAUUUUUGUGAAUAGGGCACUUAAAGCUUAAGGUGUGUGUUUGUUUCUCUCUCUAUCCCCCUGUAUUUUAUUGUCUUUAGUAUUCAUGUAGUAUGGACUGUAAAGUUUAUGAAAUCUCAGUUUUGUAACAUAAGUUUAAAAAACAGAAGCCUCCAAAGCUUUCAAUGGGGAAGCUUCACCUAAACUUUGUACUAGAAUGUCCCUAUCAAACACCUCUAUUUUUCUACAAUGAUUGAUUAAGCAGUUUAACAAUGUGUUUUGUGUCAAUGAUUUCAACUGAACUGGUAAAAAGACAAUUAAGAAUUGAAUGCUGUUAAUUAACAAUGGAUUUUCAAGCCGUACAUAUUGAGUGGUGUUUUCAUUAUAACAACUUAACCUGAAAACUUCAGCUCCUAAACCUUAACAAUAUCCUUUGAAAACAGUGCCCAAAUGGAAUAUUGUUGGCAAAUCACAUUUAAGGAUCAUGAAUGAUGUAAUGUUUUUAUUUAAUUGGAUACAUAAUUAAUCAAGAUCCAUUACAUACCUAUAUAUUUCAUUAAUACAUUUUGAUGUCUUUUUCUCAGCUUAUCUUGUGAUUUCCAGAAGCAAAAGAAAUUCCAGAGAUAAAUGUGAGUUUGCAGUCAUCUACUGCAGCACUCAGUUCCUUCUUCAAUGAACAAAAAUUCUGCAGAGAUUCUUCGUACAAACUCAUGCAUAGUGUUGUACUGUCAUCUCUGGCUCCUUCUCUUUUUUUUUUUUUUUGUUGUUUUUGGUUUUGUUUUUGGUUUUGGCAUUUAUCUUUUGUUUUGGUUUGGUUUUAGAGGGUUGGUUGGUUUGUUUGUUUGUUUGUUUAUUACAACACACUAUUUUUUUUCUUUCCCCACAAGUUUCCAAACCAUAUCUUUCAGCUGGUGAUAACAGAUACAGAAAUAUUGCUUUUCAUGGGGCUAUGCAAAUUUAUAUUGGGUGAGAAUUUGACCUUCAUCAAGUACUGCAAGUUCCAUCUUACUAUUUAGCAAUAAAUACCAUCUUACCAGCAUUGAAAUACAUUUCAAAUACUAUUUCAAAGUAAGCAACAAAAAAUACAAACAUCCUCUUAAAAGUAUAUAGCAGUUAUGAUCCUAGAUCUUUGUCCUACAGAACUAUAGGUAUUGGCAUUGAUGUGAGCCAUCAAAUUUAACUUUGGUGAUCAAAAUGAAAUGUCUUGUCUGCUUCUGUGAAGGGCCUUGCUGCAAGC